GUAGGUCAGUGGGUCAACCGAAUCUCUUUCACUCUGUGCCAGCAUUUCACCCGUGAUAUACUCGAGCACUGCUGUUUACAUUUUAACUGUUGAACCUGUGGCUGUUCACCGACACUUUUGUACUUGUUUGGUUGCACUACACUGUCCAGAAAAGUUGGAAUUUAAACUGAGACAGAGCAAGAUAACGGGACGGAGUGGGCCUACUGCAUUCCCGCGCAGUCACGCUUGCUUUUGUUUUAGAAAGCGUUCGUCGUAGGCAAAGUGCAGACUGGAAUCGUGUGUAGCCUAUGGUGGACAGAAGGCAACUGAAGUUAAGCAAUAGAGUCAACGUUUUGUGACAGGCGACGAGAAAUAUAACUGCAGUAUCUACAUCAAAAAUUCUUGUUUUGGUGGAAACGAAAAUUGUAAAGCUUGAAACAUAAGACUAUGGAAUGGGAGUCUAGAGAUCGUGUGGGAUCAGGUGUACUAGAUUUCGACAAUGACAUGAACAUCCUGUGCCAGAUUUGCUCGGACAGAGCAUCGGGGUUUCACUACGGAGUACACUCAUGCGAAGGGUGCAAGGGCUUCUUCCGACGAACUGUCCAGCAAAACUUGACCUACCGCCCGUGCCUCAACGCUGACCAGUGUGAGAUCAAACGUAGCAGUCGUAACCAGUGUCAGUCCUGUCGACUCAAAAAGUGCAUCGACAUGGGCAUGUCCAGAAAUGCUGUUAGGUUUGGUCGAAUGUCCAAGAAAGAGAAAGCCAAAUUGCAGGCAGCUAGGCAGGAAGUGGUGAGCCGAAUCAAUCCUGACACUCCCUCUACUGAGCCCCUCGACCUCAGCCAGUCGUCCAAUCAGGACCCGCCAAGUCAAGCUGAACCCAGACGCGACAGUUCUUUGCAGUAUCACAAAAUUGCCGAACUUGAGAAGGGGCACAUUCCCAGUGGGAAACGGUCGGCAGUAAGUGCCCUCAUGAAUGGUGCAGUUACCAUCAAUGGUUUGUCCAGGAAGUCGCCAAGGCAACCGACACUGGAGGAAGAUGCCAGAGCAUAUCUCGGUCUGGUUGCCUCCCCCCAUUACACCUAUCCACUGGUGCUUGGGGAUCCCAGUUGUUACUCCGCGACAUCCCACCUGCGAUAUCUAGCUUCAAUGCCACAUCUAGCACCCGAGAAAUCCUCGGGCACAGCACCAUUAGCCCCUCUAGAACCUCUUACACAAAGCUCAGAUGAGAAAUCCAACACAAUUAAGUCAGAAAUUGCCCCAAAGAAAAACGGAAUAGUUCGAGACUCUACUCUGGCCGAGCAGAGGCUGACGCAUCCUGAGCCAAUUCAAGGACAGUUGGCGCUUGUAGAAUCUCACAGUGCAAAGCAUGAAGGUUUUCCCAGUAAAUCUGGACGCAAUGCAGUUCUCCAGUACCAGAAUGGUGCCAAAGUUCUCUUAAGUGUCUCUCAGAGAAAUUUCAGGGACAGGGCCCACAUACACACGCCCUCACCAGCGGAAGACGAGCUCGGUGCCCCCAGGAGUAAACGCAAGUGCAAUUCUUACCCGCCAAGUAGCACAGUGAAUGCAAAGAGCUCUGCCUCGAGUGGCAGUCUGAAAACGAGAAUGCCAUUGGGAGAUGCCAUCACCAUGGAGAAAGGACGCCAUCUUGGAUUAGAGCAAGAUGGAAUCAAUACCGUGGACACCAUUUGCGGAGCGUAUGCGGAAGGAAUGGAAGAACAGUGGACCAAUCUUGAGAACAUUCUCCUGGCUGCUGUUAGGAAGCAGAUACCGGAAGAAAUUCCCAACUCUCUCCAAACCUCUCAGAAAGCAGAGAAUCAUUCCUCGGAGAACAGCAAUCUAGAGACCAGCCGAGAGGAAGCCUUCUCCAAUCGUUUUUCCCCUGCUAUCGGUCGCAUUGUGGCCUUCACCAAAUCCAUCCCAGGAUUCAGCGACAUCCCACACUCAGAUCAGGUUGUCCUUCUGAAGGCUGGCUGUUUUGAGGUUUUGUUACUUCAGCUGUGUGAGAUUCUGGAUGUGAAUCAGGACACUAUCCAUCUGGUUGGCCAUAGGUUCGCAAGGGACAAGCUCCAAGAGACGAAGCUUGGGGGGCUGAUGGACGCCAUGUUCUCCGUUGCCGAGCAACUCAAAACCCUCCAGCUGACCCAGUCGGAGACGGUGCUCCUACAUGUCGUUGUCUUGAUCGCCUCAGACCGCAAAGGUCUUGCAGACGCUGAAAGCACUCGUAGGCUCCAGACUCGACUACUAGGUCUCCUAGAGCGAUAUUUGUAUCUCAGCCAUGGCUCAGACACGACCGUCUUCCACCGCUGCUUACAGAUUGUCUUGGACCUACGCAACCUCAAUGUGCAACAUGCUGAAACUCUCCUUGCCUACCAGUCUUGAUGUGCCGGAUCUUCAAGACAUCAUUCCAAGGACCUCUGAAAUAAAUCAGUUGCGCCCGCUAAGUCAUGUGACCUACAGUGGGUAUCAAAUAUCAACAAACAUGGUGGCCCUCAUUGCAAAGUAUGUUUU